AUUAUGUUCUGUGCUUUCAGACCAAAGGCUAAGUCUUGAAAACAUGAUUCCUGCAACUGUUGACACUGUCCUGAGUGCUCUGUAUUUAUGCUGCCACAGAAAGAACUGGUUACAGUCGGAGGAGAAACACUAAGGACUCAAAUGCGCUUGCAGCUAAAGUAUCCUCAUCAUGAAUAGGUACACAACUAUCAGACAGCUUGGUGAUGGGACCUACGGCUCUGUCCUCCUAGGGAGAAGCAUUGAAUCUGGGGAGCUAAUAGCCAUUAAAAAAAUGAAGAGAAAGUUUUAUUCCUGGGAGGAAUGCAUGAAUCUUCGUGAAGUUAAGUCUUUGAAGAAACUAAACCAUGCCAAUGUAGUAAAGCUGAAAGAAGUUAUCAGGGAAAAUGAUCAUCUCUAUUUUGUGUUUGAGUACAUGAAGGAAAAUCUUUAUCAGUUAAUGAAAGAAAGAAACAAACUGUUUCCUGAAGCUACAGUUAGGAAUAUUAUGUAUCAGAUCCUGCAAGGGCUUGCAUUUAUCCAUAAACAUGGAUUCUUUCACAGAGAUUUAAAACCCGAAAACCUCCUUUGCAUGGGACCAGAACUUGUGAAAAUAGCAGACUUUGGCUUAGCCCGAGAAAUCCGAUCUAGACCUCCUUACACCGAUUAUGUAUCCACAAGAUGGUACAGGGCUCCUGAAGUCCUUCUGAGAUCCACCAGCUAUAGCUCUCCAAUAGAUAUUUGGGCUGUUGGUUGUAUAAUGGCAGAAGUUUACACACUGAGGCCUCUCUUCCCAGGCGCCAGUGAAAUUGAUACAAUAUUCAAAAUUUGCCAAGUUCUGGGGACACCAAAGAAGAAUGACUGGCCUGAAGGCUACCAGCUUUCAUCCUCCAUGAAUUUUCGCUGGCCUCAGUGUGUACCUAACAACUUAAAAACCCUCAUACCUAAUGCUAGCAGUGAGGCAGUGCAACUGAUGAGAGACAUGCUGCAGUGGGACCCCAAAAAGCGGCCAACAGCUAGCCAGGCACUUCGAUAUCCGUACUUCCAGGUUGGACAUGCUUUAGGCCUUCAGGAACUGACGAGACCAAAGGAACUGCAUGAUAAAUCAUCUCUGCAUAUUAAGCCUGUCCCUCCUGCACAACCUCCUUCAAAAUCCCACGCCCGCAUUUCUUCACGGCCAUUUCAGCAAAGCCAGACUUCUCAACAUUUGGUCUAUCCAUGUAAGACAGACAACUCUGGGGCUGAUCACAGUAAAUAUUUACAGGAGGACAAGUCGAACCAAGUUUUCCUGCCUGCAAUUCACAAUAAGGUUCCUCAGCAGAAAGCAUCUACUGGGACUGAGAACAUAAAUGGUGAACUUAAACCAAAAGCUAGGCGAAGGUGGGGACAUCUUGCUAGGCCAGUGAAGAAUUCUGAAGAGUGGGAUGACUUGGAAGACCUUGAUUUCAGUUCUUCUGUCACAAGGGUUGACUUGAAAAACAAAAAGAGGCAGAAUGAUGAAACUACUUGUAGGUAAGUUGGGUUUCGUUAUAUU